UUUUACGCACGAGCAUCCGUGCGCAAUGAAGCACAGGGUAGCGCGCGCUUCUCCAUAUACCUGAGAGAGCGUACGCGCUUUUACGCACGAGAAUCACAGCUCGUUUCCAAGCACAACCAUGGUCAACAAGUCGCACCAAGUCACGGCGAGCAACGACACCGACCCGUUCGGCAGGAACGAAGAUGUUGCCAAAAUGGAGAUCACGGUGUUGAGCGUCACCUUCCUCGUGGCGGUCAUCGGAAAUCUGUCCGUGCUGCUGGCCAUGCACAACACCAAGAAGAAGAGCUCGCGCAUGCACCUGUUCAUCAAGCACCUGAGUCUCGCGGACCUGGUGGUGGCUUUCUUCCAGGUUCUUCCACAGCUCUGCUGGGAGAUCACCUUCAGGUUUUACGGACCUGACUUCCUUUGCCGGAUUGUCAAGCAUCUUCAGGUCCUGGGGAUGUUCGCGUCCACUUACAUGAUGGUGAUGAUGACAAUGGACCGCUACAUCGCCAUAUGCCACCCUCUGAAGACCCUCCAGCAGCCCACGCAGCGCGCCUACAUCAUGAUCGGGUCCACAUGGCUCUGCAGCCUGUUGCUCAGCACCCCUCAAUACUUCAUCUUCUCCCUGAGCGAGAUCCAGAACGGCUCGGAUGUGUAUGACUGCUGGGGACACUUCAUCGAGCCGUGGGGCAUCCGAGCCUACAUCACCUGGAUCACCGUGGGCAUCUUCCUCAUCCCUGUAAUCGUCCUCAUGAUCUGCUACGGCUUCAUAUGCCACAGUAUCUGGAAGAACUUAAAGUGCAAGACCAAGAGAGGCUCCCCACACAGCACCAGGAACGGGAUGAUUGGAAAGGCGUCUGUCAGUAGCGUCACCAUCAUCUCAAGAGCCAAACUAAGAACGGUGAAGAUGACAUUCGUGAUUGUUUUGGCGUACAUAGUGUGCUGGGCUCCGUUCUUCAUCGUGCAAAUGUGGUCAGUCUGGGAUGAAAACUUCUCCUGGGAUGAUUCUGAAAAUGCAGCAGUGACCCUCUCUGCCCUGCUGGCGAGUCUCAACAGCUGCUGUAACCCCUGGAUCUACAUGCUCUUCAGCGGCCACCUCCUCUACGACUUCUUAGGCUGUUUCCCCUGCUGGAACAAACCCCAAAACACGUUCCACAAAGAGGACUCGGACAGCAGCAUCCGGAGGAACACCCUCCUGAGAAAGCUGACUGCUGCCCGGACCGACGAUGGCUUCAACUCUUGGAAAGACCUGUGCAACUCCCGAAAGUCCAGUCAGUCUAUAGGGUUAGACUAUUCUCGCAAAUCCAGUCAGUGUUUGCAGCUUGACUUUUCGCGCAAGUCAAGUCAGAGUGUGCCUGUGGAGUCCUAAGAGCCCGAUGGGAUGGUGAUAUAUAAAGUCAUGAAAAUAAAUGUAAAUAAAAGAUUAUAUCUAGUUAUACUGUUUUAGCACACAUAAUGAAUGAGAAUCUACAGAGGAAUGUUGCGUUCAUUCUUAUAAAUGUUUUACAGCACAUUAUGUCGUGUUGCACUUUCCUUUAUGGCUAAAGUCUGUGACUUCAGGUUUGUGUUUAAUAUUGGUGAGAACUUCAGCUUCAUUUCUUAGGCUGAUGUGUGUCUUAUUUGUUUACAUCAAUAACAUGAAGCUCUUUUUGAUUGGAUGGGAGCAAAAGAGUGGAGUGUGUGUACUUGUCUACGGAGCCCCGCACAUAACAUGCAGGAAAAAAAAAAUAGUAGGCAUUUAGCAAAUCGAGGGAAUGAAGUAGUAAAUCGUGCUAGCGAUUUCGCAAAUCGAGUGAACGAAGUAGUAAAUCGUGCUCGCGAUUUCGCAAAUCGAGUGAACAAAGUAGUAAAUCGUGCUCGCGAUUUCGCAAAUCGAGUGAACGAAGUAGUAAAUCAUGUGCGCAAUUUAGCAAAUCGAGGGAACAAAGUAGUAAAUCGUGCGGACGAUUUAGCAAAUCGAGGCAACGAAAUAGUAAAUAGUAAAUCGUGUGCACGAUUUAGCAAAUCGAGGGAACAAAUUAGUAAAUCGUGCACGCGACUGAACAAAUCAAGUGAACAAAAUAGUAAAUUGUGCACAUGAUUUAGCAAAUCGAAGGAACGAAUUAGUAAAUCGUGCUAGCGAUUUCGCAAAUCGAGUGAACGAAGUAGUAAAUCGUGCUCGCGAUUUCGCAAAUCGAGUGAACAAAGUAGUAAAUCGUGCUCGCGAUUUCGCAAAUCGAGUGAACGAAGUAGUAAAUCAUGUGCGCAAUUUAGCAAAUCGAGGGAACAAAGUAGUAAAUCGUGCGGACGAUUUAGCAAAUCGAGGCAACGAAAUAGUAAAUAGUAAAUCGUGUGCACGAUUUAGCAAAUCGAGGGAACAAAUUAGUAAAUCGUGCACGCGACUGAACAAAUCAAGUGAACAAAAUAGUAAAUUGUGCACAUGAUUUAGCAAAUCGAAGGAACGAAUUAGUAAAUCGUGCUAGCGAUUUCGCAAAUCGAGUGAACGAAGUAGUAAAUCGUGCUCGCGAUUUCGCAAAUCGAGUGAACAAAGUAGUAAAUCGUGCUCGCGAUUUCGCAAAUCGAGUGAACGAAGUAGUAAAUCAUGUGCGCAAUUUAGCAAAUCGAGGGAACAAAGUAGUAAAUCGUGCGGACGAUUUAGCAAAUCGAGGCAACGAAAUAGUAAAUAGUAAAUCGUGUGCACGAUUUAGCAAAUCGAGGGAACAAAUUAGUAAAUC